GUGUCUAUUAUAUCGAUUUUCAAGCUUCAACGCGUGAUUGUUUUUGUUGGUUGGAAGAAUGUUAAUUUGCAUAAUUAAAACAUCAAAAUUGAUUUAUUUCUAAUGCAUAUUCUUGAAAAUCACUUGCCAAAUUAGGAGACGGUCUUACUUACUUAUGAUCGACGGUAGAUCGCCUUAACUUGAAGUACGAUGAACGAUAAUACAGAUCAUUCUACACAUGAAAAUGAUUCGUGCGAAAACGGUUUAGAUAACUACAGGAUGGAAAAUUCGGCCACACCUAAUUCCAGUUUUAAGGAGGAUGAUCAAUCGAUCCUCUGCCAAAUUUGCCGUGUAUCCAUAAAAACAAACUACAGCAAAAAACAUUUUAAAAGUAUUGGUCAUACAGUCACAAGUGAGAUGCAACGUUUACUUCAAGAGAAGAACGUUCCUGUAUCUGAUAAAUUUCAAUGUGUUUACCAUUUGGAAAGAGAUGGGUAUCCAACAGCCGACUACCUCCUUCGUCAUGUUAAGUCUUAUCACAGAGAUAUGUUUGAUCAAAUUCGUAAUGCUGCUGGUAUACAUGACGAAGAAGUUGCUGAGGCUAAUCAUUCACUUACGGAAGAAUGCACUUCAUUAGGUAUGGAGGAAGUGGAGAAAUAUAUCCGUGAAGAGAUAGUAUCGGAAGCUGAUGAAAAACCUUCAAUUGACAAUGGUUCUAGUGAAGUUUCUCGACCCAUUCCCAAAAGAACGUUUUAUUCUUGCAAAAAAUGCGAUAAAAGGUGCUUCAAAUAUGCUGACGCUUCCAAACACGUUGCCAAAGAACACGAUAUACCGCGCAGUAUGGCUUACAAACAUAUCUUUUGUCCCAAAGGCUCUGGUUUGAACUCAAAACAGGUAAAGGCCAGAGAAAAUUUGUUACGAGUUUACAAGUCUCGGGAGCCGAAAAAUGUUAAGUACGUUGAAAAGUGCCUAAGUCUUGAACAUCAACGUUAUAAGGAAUUUCCGAAAAAUGCUGAUGAUGGAAAGACGAAGCUAUUCUGUUCCUUCUGCGAUUUGAAAUGUGACGUUCCAAGCAUGUCUUUACAUAUCUAUUCUCAAAAACACUCUCUGUGCUUCUUCACGGAAGACUACAGAAAAAAGAAUAGUAUUACCGAUAAAUUUGAACAUUAUGCCGAAUCAGCCGUCCAAACAAGAAAUUUCGACGUAUCAAUUACUGAUUCAGAUCCUCCUCCCAUUGAGGAAAAUUCCCCUAUUAUAGAGGAGAAAAGCCCAGAGGAGACAAAAAAAGAAAUUCUUAAGAAAAAGUUUCGAGGAAAAUACAUUACUAAGAACUCUAUACCAGGAAGUUGGCAAUACAAUGUCAGACUUCUGAAGAUGCACGCAAAGAGACCUUACAGUCAAACCUACGUGGAUACUGAGAGAUUGACUCUGGAUUAUUACGAGUCAUUUGAACCAAAGAACUAUGAAUAUGUUGUGAAGAUGCUCGACUUGGAAAAACAAAAAAUUUAUGAAAAGCAACAAGCCCUUGGAACAAAUAAGUCUCAGCCGAUAAGUGCUAUACAUCAACGAUGUAAAUAUUGUUCUAAAUCUAUGGCAUUUUACGAAUAUAAAAGACACGUAUUUGGGAUGCUUCAUAGUCGACAAUUUUUUACGGAGGAGUUCAGAAAAGACUAUGCCGUUGCCGAAAGUUUUACACCGUAUACACCGGAGGAAAUACAGCAGGAAAAUGCUAAGCGAUUCCCUGUUGAUGGGGUCAAAUUCGUUUACAGAAGUCUUUCGAAUGAUGUACCUACAAAUGAUAAUAAUAUGGAUGAUAGUCCUACUGAGAGACCGAGUAGAAAGAGAAAGAAUGCUUGGCUAGAGCAAAGCGGAGAAUGGGAGCUAGGUCAAGAAGACAACUCAAGGGUAUUUUCUAGGGCAGGAAGAGGGCAAAAUUCUAGGAAUCCAGAAGAAGGCCAGAGUUCGAACAAAUUUGACGAAAUUAAUAUUUCCCCUAAAAGACGAUUUAUUGAACCUCAAGCUAAAAAUGAGUUAACAGAGUCCAAAAUUCAGCUAAUAAAGCGCAUAAAUUCCGCCCAAUGCAAACUGGCAAAGUUGUCAGAAAAAAUUUUAACUGACGAGGAAAGGACUUUGAAAAAGAAUGAUAUUGAAAGUCUUCUUGCUGUUUUUGAAUCAAACAUUGAUGGAGUUUUGAUUACCAAAAAGCUUGAUAGGUCUCCAGGUGCAAGGCUAAGAAAUUUAAGCAGUGAUGACCCCAAUGAGUUAAGAAAAGAAGAAUUUUUUGGAUCGCUAAGAUUAAAUAUGAAUAAAAGUGCUUUCAACAUGAACAAUAAUAAUGGUAGUGAAGAACCGAGAAAGAACUCCCAAGCAAAAAACACAGCCAGGAAAUCAACAUCCUCAUAUGUACCUCAGAUAGCUAAUCAAGAACAAAAGAUGUCAGAUGACGAAGAAGAGGAAGAAGACAACGAUGAUGAUGAUGCACCUACUGUCUCAGUUGAGACGAAACGAAAAGAUUUAAAAGGGAGAAGAGGACCCAGUGAAGAGCAUCGUUUCAUAUCACCUCCACCACCCUUAUUGAACAUGGACUACCAUCGAGGAGGACCAAGUGGUAGUUACUUCAGAGACUAUAGGGAUCCUUACUACGACUAUUUUUAUCGAGGAAAUGGGAGACGGUCAGAAGAGUAUUACCCUCCUCCACCACCUCCUGGAUAUUACAUGCCUUACUAUAGGGGCUACGAACCAAGAAGACACUCGGAUUUUUAUCCCAAUCGUGACCAACGAAAGGAUGAAAAUAAAAGAUCAUCUUUACAUAACUACAAAGACGUUGAAGUGAUUGAUGGAGAAGGCAAAAGAUCUUCUUCAGUUGUUAAAAUUGAAGUUGACUCUGAUUAA